UUCAAGUCUGGUUCAGUAGAAAAAACGUAGUACUCUUAUGCAUAAGUGAAACUGAUGUGCAAUUAAUGCAUAUAUAAAUAAGUAGUAGAUUUCAUUUUAAAAGAUGCCUUCUCGAGGAUCUUAUCAACUUGCCAAUGUGGUAGAAGGGAGAGCAGCCGAAAGGGAUCAAUCUUACAGAAGUUGUGUUUCGUCAUUGUUAAUAUUUUGUUUUUUCUGCGUUGUUCUCAUCCUAGUCAAUUUACCGUGGAAAUCAUACCGCUAUUACAACUCCGAAGAAAAAGAUGAAUACAUAAAUACAAUACAGCAUCAUAUAAAGCAUGAAACAGAAAGAACGACUAGUAGUAUGGAGCCAAUUAAAUUAUUACCUACUACAACUUUUGUGGAUGAAAACAAUUCAAUAGAAAUAGAAAUAGAAAAACAUGAAACAACAGAGAGUUUUGAAGUAUUUACCGGCAAUUCGAGUGUGGAAAAUGAAACGAAUUCGAAUAUAAUUGAUUCAUCUAAAUCUAACAUUGAAGCUGUCACGAUAGAUCUAUCACAGACGGAAAUUUACAAUGAAAUUGUAACUGAAAAAUUGGACACUUCUUCGGUAAUUAAUAUUAAUAUUACAGAAGAUGGUACAUCAAUUUCGGCAGAAAAAUUUCAAGAAACAGAUACUACGGAAGCUACCACUCUUGUAUUUAUAGAUGAUCAAGAAAUUCUUAAUGAGAUUGAAAAUUCGACUGAAGCAAAUAUUACUGAAUUGAUAAUAAAAGAGAUAAAAAAAUAUCAAGAAAUAGAUACUAUAGACAAAUAUACUGUGGAAACUUCUACUUCUACGUUCAUAGAUUAUCGAGAAACUCCUAAUGAGGUCGAAGAGUCGAUUGAAGCAGAUAUUACCAAAUUGGCAAUGAAAGAAGAAAAUGUUACGAUCGAAUCUAUCACUAUGAAUCAACAAGAUGUAUUUACAUAUCCUACAAUAUUAACUGCAACUUCUAGUUCACCGAUUGAUAAAUCAAUAUGUCUUGAGGGCGAAUGCAAAAAUUUAGCUAGCAAGAUAUUAUUUUAUAUGAAUCAUACAAUUGAUCCAUGUGAAGAUUUUUACGAGUACGCUUGCGGUGGUUUCGAGGCCAAUCCUCAAACUGUAGAAUGGGAUUUGGAAAAUGUAGCUUAUCAACGCAUUUUAAGACAAAUGCAGAAAGAAAAUGAGGAAAAUAUAUCGUCCCUUUUCGCCGACUAUUACAACAGCUGCGUGCAAUAUAAGAACAUCAAUCAAACAGAAAGGAUCAAGCUGGCGAGAGAGGCGUUAGAUAAGGUAGACAAAUUUUACACUAAUGAAACAUGGCCUGAAAAUCAUACAAGCUUUACCGAGCUACUUGCUAGACUAUUACUACAUAACAGCGCUUUAUUGUUCGACGUUGCCCCGGAUCUCGAGGAAUAUUCUCCGAAGCAAUUCACCUUUAGAAUAGGCCCGACGACAUACAACAAUCCUUUUGAGAUAGACGAAACGAACGAUCCCUGUUACGCAAAACGACCCAAGCGGGAGAAAGAGACAGUGGAUCUGGAAAAUUUGUAUAUGGAAUACAAAACGUGCAAAUAUGAUACGAAAAAGUUUAUAGAGUCCAUCUCGGAAGCAUUGACGACGCUCGGGGUGUUCAACGAGCUGAACAAUACGUUCGAUAUCUCUCAGCACAUAAAAUUUACGCUCUUUAACAUUGAUCUGCAGAUACUGCAAGGAUUUUUAGCAAAUUUCCCGUCCAAGGACAAGAUACGCGAGGCAGAACUGAUGAAAAAUUACACUCGCGUCAGUAUCAAGCAAUUAGACGAAAAUUUUAAAAUCGUAAAUUGGACGCAAUUAAUUUUAUUGUUAACGAACGGACUAGUUGAACCGAAUACAAAAGUGCAGGUUUAUUUUUACGAUGCUCUAGAUAAAGGAUUGAAAAGUCUGGAAAAGUUUGGACAAGAAAAUUCGAUGCUAUUGCAUAACGCAUUAUUAGGAUUGUAUGCACGCAAUCUUUAUCAAGAGUUAGUUAUAUCAAAACAUCUAGAUGUUGAAAAACACUGUCUUCGCGUAGCUGCUGAUGUUUUAAUUCCGGAAGCUUCAAACUUGUACAUCUCUUCAUUCACAAAAGAUCAACUUACAUACAUGAAUAAAACUAUACAUGGUCUAUUCAAGAUACUUAAAGAGACUCUAAAAUUAAAAAUCAUGAAUGUAACAUGGACUACAGAAGCAGGACGUAACGCACUGAUUGCAAAAAUAGAUGAUCUUAAAGUUGCCGUACCGGAUAUUUCAUAUUAUACAGAUAGUGAAUCAACUUAUAGAAAAGUUAGAGCAAAUCAGAUAAAUCUAACAAACAAUUAUUUCGAAAAUUCGGUGAUUUUGAUGCAAAGGUACCGAAAAUUAAUAUAUGCAGAAUUAUUUACAAAUCCACGGUAUCCUGAACAAAUAUGGACACGUUAUACAACACCAUAUCAAUCUAAAGGACUUGCAAUUUACGGAUUAAACCUCGUUGUAAUACCGUAUGGUGUAAUCGACUGGUCCAUGAAAUACAAUGAAUCUUUGUUUAAUUACAUAAAAUUAGCAACACUUGGUAACAUGAUAGCACAUCAAAUUGCUCAUCAUUUUGACGCAAAUGGUAUAUAUUAUUGGAAAGGGACUCGCGAUGCCAAUACUCUGUUAGAUGAUGAUAAUUCUACAAAUAUGGAUUUCAAGGAUUACAUUGACUACCAACGAAAUAUUCUCUAUAAAGAUCCUAUAAAUAUGACAUUAUCAUUUACAGGACAGAACGUGCUUUAUAAGAUUUCGCAAUUGACCCUAAAUGAACGUCUGUCCGAAACGAUGGGACUCAGAUUAGCAUACGAUACUUUGGCUCAAUUGAGAUUAAGCGAAUCGUGGCUUUAUCUUCCUUGGCUUGACCUUGAUUUCACUAAGUUAUUCUACCUCAUCUAUGCUCAGAUGUACUGUACGAAGUCACCACUUACGUCAUCAUAUAUAUCACUGUAUGAAAACGAACAGUUACCAAAUCGAAUUCGUAUUUUUGUUUCUGCAUCUAACAACAGGCUUCUUGGCGAAGCUUGGAAUUGUCCAGAAGGUUCACAGAUAAUGCCAAGUUAUGUAUGCAGUGCAUUUCCAUAUCUUGAAUGUAUAUCGUAAUUAUGCAAUUACGAUUUAUAAAUGAUAUAGCAAUUUUCUUUAUAAGAAAGCGUUAUUACGUAGUAACGACGCUUUUCAUUUAUUCUCACGGGAACAUUUUUCUUCAUAACAUUCAUACGCAAACAAGCGCAGUAUGUAAAAAUCAGAUGAUAUCAUAUAUUCAACAGUCUAUUAUAUUCAAAAUUUUGACUUUAUAUGAUUUUAUGAUGCGACUAGUUGACAAUGUAAAUUGUAAAUAGUUCACUCUUACAUCGAAUGUUCUUUAUUGUGGGUCUGUUCACAACUGCUUUUUUUUCAGCAAACCCAUAGAUUUUGUAGAGUGAACCAUGUCCCCUAAAACAUAGAUUAAUUAUUUCAAAUAUUCAUUCAUUCAAUAUUUUGUCUACCAAUGAUGGACUGAGCUGUGACAAACAAAUUUAUAUUUAUAUAAUAACAUAUAUAUUAAUAAAAAUAUUUUCAUGCAUUCAUAUUUAUAAUUAUUUUUAAAUUAUCUUUAUUAUUAUGUAUAUAUGUAUAUAUUUAUAUAUUUUUAUGUAAAUAUAUACAAAAAUUCAAAUUUUUUAAUAUUGAAAACAAAAAACAAAAGCAUUCAUGACAAAAUUUAUUUGGUUUUGACAUCAUCCAAGUAAGUAACAGAUUGCAAAUGAUUUAUAUAACACUCUUGCUUAAUAUUUAGUCGCCAGUUAAUUGUGAAUAUAUGUCAAUAGCCCAGUACACUAUUGGCUUAAAUAUUAUUUAAACAUUCAAAGGAAUGUAGUAAACAUCACACAUACCACUGCUAGGGGUUAUAUCCAUAUGACUGUUGUCUAAUCGAGUGAUACAUUGUUUUGAAGAGGCUUUCUUUUCUGUCUGAAAAGACGAGAGCCAUGCAAAAGACAUUGAAAAAGGGACACAGAUAACCAUACAGUUAGUUACAAACUGAAAAAUUUCAAAUUUUGCAAAUUUUCAAAGUAAAUACCUCAAAGUACCGAUGCCAUAGAACACAGCCAUAGACACAAAGAACUGACACUAGAGACUGGCAAAGUAGCCAUAAAAGAAUGUUCAGUGCUUGAGUACGUUCAAAUAAUGCAGCACCAUGCCUUAUGCAUAGCAAAGCUUCUGUAACCAUAAUUGCUCCAUAGACCCAACACUGAGUCCCUACUCUACUACAUGUUGGAUCUGUUACAAACAUGUAGUAUUGCCUACAAUUAUAUUAAAAUAUUAUGCUUUUAUACAAUAAAUUGUUACAAUAAAAUCUUAUAUAUUUG